AUGAAUUCUCGUCUCGAGUUCCUUGACUCGAACGGUGCUGGCCACACAUACUCCGAAACGGCCGCUCUCCUGAUCCUGCGCUACUGGCCAGUUCUUCUACCUCUGGUCCUGCUAGGGCAUAUCCUGCGUACCCGCUAUCUCUCCCCUCUUCGCCGCUACCCAGGCCCAUUCCUUGCAUCGAUCACUCGUCUCUGGAAAGUUAUUAUCACCUCAUCGGGCCGCUCAAACCUCCACCACAUAGCCUUACAUCGCAAGUAUGGCCCAGUGGUACGCAUCGCACCGAAUGAGGUCUCCCUGGCUUCACCGGACCUGGCUCGACAUGUCUUGAGUGCUGGAAAACGCUUUUACAAGACAGGGUUCUACGCAGUUUUCCCGCCACCAGAGAAUCCGGACAUAUUUACUGAAGUCAAUGAGGAGGCUCAUGCACGCAAAAAGAAGGUUGCCAACGUGCCCUACAGCAUCGCGGCAAUGCAACAAUUAAGCCCCUUCAUCGACGACACCAUUGAUCUGUUGAUGACGAAGCUAGACGCUUUCACAAUAGAUUCCACCGGCCGCAGAGCUAGGAAUCCUGUUGAUUUAGGUGCAUGGCUACAUUACUUCGCGUUCGACGUUCUUGGGGAAGUUGCUUUUUCACGAAGUUUCGGAUUUCUGGCUGAAGGCAAGGACGUGGAAGAUGCAAUCGCAACCAUAGAUCGUUCUCAAGCGUACAAUGGGAUUGUCGGACAGGUCCCUUGGGUAGAUUUCAUACUUCGUCGGAACCCGCUGUGGAAGCUGUUCCCUAGUUAUGACACCAGAAAUGCACCCAUUACGCGAAUUGCCUUGAGCGAGAUGGACAGAAGGCGGCCGUUUGACAAGGAUAGCGAAGGUAUGUUGCGGAACGGCGAUGGAAGGCAGGACCUGUUGGCAAGCUUGAUCAAGGGUCACUUGAAGGAUCCAGAGAAGUUCACGGAGGGUGACGUCUUUGCCGUUGCUCACGGAGCCAUAUUCGCUGGCUCAGACUCGACAGCGUCUACUAUGCAGUCAUUAUUCUGGCAUGUACUGUCCGCACCGCACAUUCACACCAAACUUGUCAACGAGAUUGUGACCGCCGUCAAAUCAGGCGAUAUUCCACCAACCGGCAACAUUUCAUGGACAGAGGCUCAGAGGUUACAAUAUUUUCAGGCUUGCCUCAAGGAGGCAAUGCGCGUGCGGCCUGCCGUGGGACUCAACAUCACCCGGGUUGUCCCUCCAGAAGGUGCCGAGUUCGACGGCCACUUCUUUCCUGGCGGUACAGAAGUUGCGGUUAACGGAUGGGUCUUGCAUCGAGACAAGGCGACUUUUGGCAGUGAUGCCGAUGUGUACCGUCCAGAACGAUGGAUGACAACCAUUGACGAAUCAAAGAGAAUGGAGAGAUACAUGUUCCAGUUUGGAGGAGGCAGCCACGUUUGCAUAGGACGUAACCUGGCGUUAUUGGAGAUCAAUAAGGUAGUGCCUAGGUUACUCAGGGACUUCAGUUUUAAGCUGGUAAAUAUGGAUCGCCCACUGAAGGCUCAUGCCACGUUUUUCGUUGUUCAGAAUGGCCUAGAUGUCUUCGUAGAGAAGAGGGAUUCUUUCUAA